CCUCGCUUCAUCUACGAGUAGACGACCUCCUACCGACUUACUUCACGUCACCCCGCCCGUCUGCCUGCCGUCUCCUCCCUAAAACCUUGGCUGCGACCAUCCCUUUGAGCGGCUCUGGGCUGGGAAAUAGACACAGAGAGACAAGAGGGAGAAACUGACAGAGUCCAAAUACAUGCAGACUCCCAACAUCACCUAGACCACCUGCUCCAGCCGCGCAAGAGGAGGAAGACGCACAAGUGCAGGCGCGUCCAAGCAAGCGAACCAGCCGAGCAAGAGCAUCAAUACCAGGAGCACACAGCUCACAUUGGAACAAGAGUUUCCCCCUGUAAAAACUCUUAGGAAAAGAGCAUAGCUGUGCUAAAAGAACAAGACAGGCUAAAUGAGUACAUGGUAAGAAGAGUCAUGCAUCUGAACAGAGAAGAAGAUGCCAGUAAAGGCUCGGUGUCUCUCAGUGUUUUCCUGGUGUCUGUUGCAUUCAUAGUGUGCGCAGUUUGGCUGGUAGCUCUAUGUGGCGUCUGCACCUGGUGUCAACGUAAACUGGGGAAGAGGAAUAAGCCCGGGGUGGAAGCUGCCAGCUCUCCAGAUUCUGUGAGAGGUCGAGGGGAAAAUAAAGCCAUCAAUGAUCUAGACAGAGACUUUUGGAAUAACAAUGACAGCAGCAAUGUGCAACAGAGGUGGAGCUCCUACCCGCCCAAGGAGUUCCUCUUAAACAUGUCUCCAUAUGCUCCGUACGGAGACCCUCGCCUCACGCCCAAUGGGGCCGUGGAUAAGGGUGGGCAGGGCGGUGCUGGACCCUCACCGGGGGCCAGUGACAGCGGGGGUGGUGCUUGCUCUGGGACUGAGGCGGGGCCCAGUCGCAGUGACAGCAUUCGGAGCAUGGUGACGGGGGGCAGCAAGGCUGGGAGGUGGCAGACAGUCCAGAGCCACAUGCAUGCCGGAGGCCUGCGGUUUAGCAAUUUCGGGGACGCUUCCCUCUCAUCUGCUUCCACCCUGGAGCACAUCCCGUCCUCAGCUGUGGCGCGCCCUCGGCCCCUGGUCCGGCAGCAAAGCCUCCAACAGCCGCUCACUCACCAGCCCCCUCCGGGUCCCAACGACCCUCCAGUCACCUCACAGAGCCUGGGCCAACUGCACACAGGUCCAGGCAGUGGAGGCCACCGUGGGGGCCCGCGUGGGGUCCGGGGGAGUCCGGCUGGAGCUUCCCGGUACAGAGGGGCAGGGACAGGCCGAUCGAGAUCGAAUCCAGGCAGCUGGGACCAUAUGAUGGAACAGAUCCGUCACAGAGGAUUGGAUGUAAAGUCAUUCCUUGAAGGGAAGAUGGUUGUUCUGUCUCUAGCAAUCGGGCUGGCUGAAACGGAUGACUUUGCCAACCUCCCAGAUCUACAGGAAGCACCAGCAAGCAAAGAAAAUGAAACCACACCAGAAAAGAGAACUCCGGGUAACAAACCGGGAAGCAGUCCAAGAGGUCAGACACCAGACGAGACCGGACGUCGCCAGGGGCCGAGCCACGAAGCCAACUCAUCUGUUUCUGACUUGGCCAACUCAGUCACCAGUGACAUGCUCAUGUUGUCUCCAGGUUCAGAGGAAGAUGAACACGAGGGUCCAGUGUGUGAGAAGCUGGGUCGGAUUCAGUUCAGUGUUGGAUACAGUUUCCAAGACUCCACUCUCACCGUCAAAAUUCUCAAGGGCCAGGAUUUGCCUGCUAAGGACUUUUCCGGCACCUCUGAUCCGUUUGUCAAACUCUAUCUGCUGCCAGACAAAAAGCACAAGUUGGAGACCAAAGUGAAGAGGAAGAAUCUCAACCCCCACUGGAACGAGACCUUCCUGUUUGAAGGAUUUCCCUAUGAGAAGGUGGUCCAAAGGACUCUAUACCUGCAAGUUCUUGACUACGACCGCUUCAGCAGGAACGACCCCAUUGGAGAGGUGUCCAUCCCCCUCAACAAACUGGACCUGGCCAACAUGCAGACUUUCUGGAAGGAGCUGAAACCAUGUAGUGAUGGCAGCGGGAGUCGAGGGGAUCUGCUGGUGUCUCUGUGCUACAACCCCACAGCCAACACCAUCACUGUGAGCAUCAUCAAAGCACGUAACCUCAAAGCCAUGGACAUUGGAGGCACUUCUGACCCCUAUGUAAAGGUGUGGUUGAUGCACAAGGACAAGCGUGUGGAGAAGAAGAAGACAGUGGUAAUGAAGCGCUGUCUGAACCCAGUUUUCAACGAGUCCUUCCCGUUUGACGUGCCUGCCCACGUGCUGAGGGAGACCACCAUAAUUAUCACCGUCAUGGACAAGGACAGGCUCAGUCGCAAUGAUGUCAUUGGAAAGAUAUACCUGUCAUGGAAGAGCGGCCCUGCAGAGGUAAAACACUGGAAAGACAUGAUGGGCCAUCCACGCGCUGCCGUGGCCCAGUGGCACGCUCUCAAGGCCUGAGAGACCCAGCGGCCAACCCACCUGCCUACAGUGUUUCCCUCUCAGAUUUCAACAUCAGCCCCUCGGCCCCUGCCCUCAGCACAUAUCUCCCACUCGCUAACUGUAGUUUCGGGCUGCAGAUGAUGUGUGUCAUCUCUUUGUUCUCAGGCCUCUUUGAUAUCCCUUGCCCUCAUUUCUCGUGCCACAAUCCUUAAAUUUCACCCGUCAAGCUCCAAGUCCCACCUGAACCCCUUCAACCCCACCGUCUGAAAUUAAAAAUGUCUUUGAUGUCUUUUCCAACUUCCUCCUUGUAUCCUCUUUUUAUGAGAUUUGUUAUUUUAAGAUGUCCCUAAAUCUUUCCUUCACCUUUGACAACCUUCCACUUUCAUCAGAGCGGUACCUCUUGCCACCGGUGAAUACGAACUACCAACCAAAAAUGGAUCAAACUGGUAUUCCAACCAAUUGUUCCUCCACAGUGGCAAGAUGGACUGUGUGUUCAACAUGUUAUGCACGUGUGUGAAUGCCACUGACCUGUGCAACACAUUCAGUUCAGGUGUUGCAUCGAGGAACCUUUCACUCCGCUCCUCCUUUGGUCUUGUCAUCUUUCAUCACCACUUAGUUCAAGUCCUCUUCCUUUACUGUCACUACUCCUCCAUACCCUUAAAAAGCCUGAAAAAUCAAGAAAACCGACAAAGGUAUCGGAAGAGUGUUGGACUGUAUUUACACUGGAAUUGGGCCGAGAUUUGACUCUGCCACUCAACUCAUGUUUGAUCUUUUUCACUCUCUCUUUCUCUGGCACCACUGUAAUAAUUCUCCAUUGGCUGGAAACCCUUUGUUGUCUGUGCGUGCUGUGGGUGAUGUGCUGUAACCUCCCAAAUGAAGUUCCUCAACAAAAGAAAAACAACAAAAAAAUAAUGACUGAACAUUUAACACUGAUCCUUAGGGCAAGUGUAAAAAAAAAAACAAAAAAAAC